GAGGAGAGCAGAAUAGUUGUUUUUCUAAGCCCACGCGGCUCACAUAGAGACGUGUCUCACGAAAAGAGAGGGAAUAUUUUUUUUACGUUUUCUUCUGUUCAUUUUCUCAAAAUGGAUCAUACGGAAUUAAAACCUUGUUAAACUGGGAUUUUCUUCAAUCUGAAUUCAACAGUAAAUCAGAUUUAAUCUCAGACUGAUUCUUCUUGUGGGACUAGUUUUAUUAGGAUCCUACUAGUUGUCUGGAUAUAAUACCAGUCUGUCUUUGAGAUGGGGUCCAGAACUCUUCUACUUGUUCUGGGUCUUCAUUUCACUCUACUGGGGAACCUAGUGGCCAAAGGUUGUGACCCUGGCUUCAUAUUCAAAACAAGAAAACAAUGUGUUGAUACAGAUGAAUGUAAAGACAGCACCCCACGCUGUGGAAGUAAUGCCACAUGUUACAACACACAGGGGAGCUUCUACUGUCAGUGUCUACCUGGGUUCAAAUCCACAACGACUGUCAACUUUACUGCUCUCACUGGACAGUGUACUGACCUCAAUGAGUGCCUGGAGAAACCACAGGUUUGUGGCAACAACACCAUUUGCCUCAACACCAUCGGGAGCUUCAACUGCCAGUGUCGACCUGGGUUCAGAUCUAACUUAACCAACGUCACUAGACACUGUGAGGACGAGGAUGAGUGCGUGUGGGUUCCCCCGGUGUGCGGCGCUCAGGGCAUGUGCACAAACACACCUGGCCGAUACACCUGCACCUGUCCGUCAGGGCUCAGUAACCACGGCAACAACUCCGCCCCCUGCACAGACAUAGAUGAGUGUAAUGAUAUCGCUGGUGUCUGUGGAGUGGGCGGGGACUGCCAGAACCAGAAAGGAAGCUACAGUUGCCUCUGUCACCCUGGAUACAGUAACUACAACAACAAACAGGCUCAGUGCUCAGUACUGACCUGUGACCAGUUCAAAGCCAAUGAGACUCCUGGACAGACUGUCCCAGGUUUAGCUGGUCUCCUGUCUCUGAUGAGGAACAGCUGUCUGGUUUUGAGUAACUCUGGGGACGCAGCCGGAGGGAAACUAACUGGAGAGGUGUUACUGGAGAAUGUCUUCACAGAGAUGGACGGACUCUUGUCUCACGAUAUCCUAAGCAACAACCGGGAGGUGAGUGGUAUGCUAGGCACCGUGGAAGACGCCAUGAGGCUCAUCGGGCCGCAGCUCAGAGACAACCACACCACCAUGGAGACAGACCACGCAGCGACUGAGCUUGCAGUGAGGAGGGGACAGACUCCGCCCACUGGGCCAAUCAGCUUGGCCAAUGACAACGCUCGACUGGACACCAGCUGGGAGACAGCCACCGGCAGCGGGACAUACCCAGGUUUCGCUCUGGCUGGGUUGGUGUGUUACAAGACAAUGGAGACAUCUGUCAACAACUCCUUCCAGUAUCUCACUGACACAGACACAGACACAGACACAGACACAGACACAGACACAGACACAGACACAGACACGGCGUCAAAGCCUAGCUACCAGAUCAGUUCCAAGGUGGUAACAGCUUUCGUCAGUAACCCAGCAACAGAACACCUCGCCCAGCCUGUCAUCCUCACCUUCAAACAUCUACAGGUGAGGGCGGAGUCAGUGGAGAUGAACUAUACCUGUGUGUUCUGGUUGGAGGGGCGUGUCCAUGAAGAGGGAGGGGCGUGGUCAAGGCGUGGCUGUACCAAAGUCACAUCUAAUGCUACACACACCGUGUGUUCCUGUUCCCACCUGAGCAGCUUUGCUGUUCUCAUGGCCCUCUACCCUGUAGAGCACACCUUUGAGCUGCGUCUUUUGACGUGGCUGGGUCUGUCGGUGUCUGUGGUGUGUCUGUUGCUGUGCAUCCUGACUUUCUGGCUGUGUCGGUCCAUCCAGGGGACACGCACCACCAUCCACCUCCACCUCUGUGUCUGCCUCUUCAUCGCUGACCUCGUCUUCCUCAGCGGUAUCUCACACACACAGAGCAAGGGAGGAUGUAGGGUUGUAGCAGGUCUCCUCCACCUGUUCUUCCUAGGAUCCUUCAGUUGGAUGUUGUUAGAGGGGGUUCAGCUCUACCUCAUGGUGGUCCUGGUCUUCAACACUACCAUAAGACCUCUGUACCUGUAUGCUGUGGGAUAUGGACUGCCACUGGCUAUAGUCAUCAUCUCUGCUAUCACCUACCCAGAUGGAUACGGUACCACACAACACUGUUGGUUGUCUCUGGAGAGAGGAUUCAUCUGGAGUUUCUUCGGCCCAGUGUGCACCAUCAUCAUCCUCAACGUUUUCUUCUUCAUCAUCACUGUCUGGAGGCUGGCCCAGAAGUUCUCUAGUCUCAACCCUGACCUCUCCAACCUACGCAAGAUCAAGGUGUUCACAGUGACAGCAGUGGCCCAGCUGUGUGUGUUGGGUACUAUGUGGAUAUUUGGAGUGUUCCAGUUCCAAGAGGAGGGGACAGUGGUCAUGACAUAUCUCUUCACUAUCCUCAACUCUCUACAGGGAGCACUACUGUUCAUCAUGCACUGCCUACUGAACAAAACGGUUAGAGAGGAGUAUUGCAAGCUGCUGUCCUGUAUCUGCACACCACAGAAGAAGAGAUACUCAGAGGUCAGCACUACCAACCCUUCCUCCAGCCAAUCCCAGGGGUCAAGGAGCGCAGAGAACACGGGGGAGUCGCAGAUAUGACGUCACCAAACACCCAUAAUGCACCUCUUUACUCCCCCUCCCAUGACAAAUGUUCCCACUAGACGGCCAAACUGUAAAGUCAAAAUGGUCGAUAUCCUAAACAUUUAUGAAAACAAAGCUUUGCGUUUAGCAGUGUGGUUAAGAUACAUUGUAGAAAUGGGCAGGGUUUCUGAUUUAGCGUCUUGGCCAGAUAGUGACAACCCAGAAACACUCAGCCCGAGGAUAGUACUGUUCAGGCCAGGUUAGUAGAAAAUGUGUCCAACUAGCCCGCCGGAUAGUAAAAAUGUUAGUCCUCUAGCCAGGUUGGCCAGUGCCCAAAAUCCUUCAGUUACAUCCCUGAUUAGACACUUCAUAUCAGACUUGAUGUUAAUCAAUGUCUUAUCAAUCAGAAGUUAUAUUAUCUUUAUGUCAUCCAAUCAAAGUUAUAUGAUAUUUAUGUCAUCCAAUAGGAAUCUAUAUGAUAUUUAUGUCAUCCAAUCAGAAGUUAUAUUAUCUUUAUGUCAUCCAAUCAAAGUUAUAUGAUAUUUAUGUCAUCCAAUAGAAAUUAAUUUCCUCUUUAUGUACUUAUCACAACCACAAAAGAAAGGUACUAUUUUACAUAGAUUUAUAAUAGUAUUUAUUACCAAGAGCACAAGAUAAGGUGACUUUUCUACGCAAAUAAAUCCAGAGGGAUUUAGAAAAAUAUUAUGUGAAGAUAUGUGUUAGUUGUGACCUAAUGGACUGUUAUACUGUAAAGUUGUAUUGAUCUUUAACACUUUAUUAAUAACUUGUAAGAAUAAGCCUUUAUAAAUGAAUAUACAUGUUUAUAAAUUAUUAUAAAUGUUGUACAUUUUUACGGAAUGGAAGGCUGGUAAUAUUUACACAUUCUUAUAAAUGUUUACAAAUUUAAUUGUAAAUAGUUUAUAAAUCGUUAAAAGGUUUAUUCAUGAUAGUUAUUUUAAAGUGUUACCAUGGUCACCUCUAUGUAUAUAAUGAGAUAAUAUAAUAUUUGUUGUGAACACUUGCAGUGCUUCUGUCCAAAAACAGCAUUUAUCAACAGGUGUUUUAGAAAUACCAGUGGGAAGAUUUCCAGAAUCAGGAGGGAAGAAACAUGAAAUCCAGAUUCUCCAACAGGGAUUGUCACUCAUGGCUUCAUCUUAAAACCAUUGGUUUGUUUAUCACUGGCCAACAAAAUAUAGUGUAGCAAUCCUGACCUGGACUUAAACCUGUGUCCAGCAACUGUUAACCUAACAAAUUAGCCGUUACGCCAAGAGAUCUGAACAGCUUUACGAGGUUGCUAGGUGUUGGGUUAAAGUUGUUUCAAUAGUUGUAUAGGUUGUAGAAUAAAGUAGUAGCAAUGUACUGUACCGUUCUGCCAUUGUAGAGGUCGUUAGGUACAGAUCUAGGAUUAGAAUACAGUAAAUUACUGUACAGUUCAGUAGGCACAGAUCUAGGAUCAGCUUACCCAAACCAAAACCUAACUUAAAGGGGUCAUCCAGGAUUGGUACAUCCAGUUUUGUUACCUUUAACUUAAUGAUUUAUAGCUCUUGGUUCUUGUAGAAUAUUACUUAAAACUGCCUUGUGACCUGGUCAACUGUCGUUCCCCAUCAGAACACCAACUAUAAGCUUGUUUUACUCCAUUGUUUGUACACGAUGUAAAGGUUUAAAACAUGGUUAAAACUAUCAUGUUGAUCUCAUGGAUGGUCAGUCCUUGCAUCCAGAGAUCCAUCUGUGAUUUAGAGAGUGGUUACAUUUCUCCAGUUCCAUCCCUCAGCUGUUAACCACAACCAGUGGUGGGACCACCGGUUUGUUGCUUUUUGAAUCCCAGACUGCCCCUUUAAGGUGCCACCCUAGAUGUUGGUCCCAGAAUAACCAUGGAGAUAAAGUAGAGUCU